CCGAGAGCUGACCAGCUUGGUAGCCCUAGGAAGUAGAGGCUGCCCCUUUGAUAAGGGCCUUGGGGCCAGGGAGUGGGCCCUCAGUGGUCUUGGGCUGCCUACAGAGACUCCAGAAAGCCAUGCAGAACCGUGGACCAUGAAGGACUACUCAGAUGUCAAGCUCUGUGCAGAGGCAACCGAGUUGAACAAGACGGAGUUCUGCAAUCCUGCUUUUGAGCCUGAAGCAGGGCCUUCUUGCCCUGCACCAGCCUUGCAGCAAGAUGUCAGCAGCAGCAGCAGCCUCCAAGCUUCCUGGCAGGCCCGGCGACCUGCGGGCUUGCCACCAGACUGCCAUUUCUCCUGGCUCUGCAUCCUGCUACUCACUGGCCUGCUGAUCCUACUGCUGGGGCUACUGGUCACCAUCGUCCUGGCCCAGUUGAAGGCUGAACCCCUCUCCAGGGCCACUGAGAGACCACUGCCCACCCGAGGCCUCACCACCAGCACCAUCCCUAGCACCACCAUCACCACCACCUCCCUGGCAGCCACAGGGCAGCAGGAGGCUGGUGUGAGCCCCACCCACCAGGGUACCUGUGGGGGUCUUCUUCCUGGCCCAAGGGGCGUCUUCAGCAGCCCCAACUAUCCAGACCCUUACCCACCCAGCAGCCGCUGUGUGUGGCACAUUCAGGUGCCUGCGGAGCUCACUGUGCAGCUCAAGAUUGAAUCCCUAGGCAUGGAAGGUGUGGCCUCCUGUCUUUUUGAUCGCUUGGAGAUCUCCCCAGAGCCUGCGGGCCCACUCCUCAGGGUGUGUGGAAGGGUGCCUCCCCCGACACUCAACACCAACACCAGCCGUCUCCGCAUACACUUCGUCUCGGACAGCAGCGUGGAAGGAUCUGGUUUCCAGGCCUGGUACCAGGCUGUUGCACCUGGGCAUUGGAGCUGUGCCCACAAUGAGUUCCACUGUGACCAGCUCCUGUGCCUGCUGCCUGACUCGGUGUGUGAUGGUUUUGCCAACUGUGCUGAUGGCAGUGAUGAGGCCAACUGCAGUGCCAAGAUGCCUGGGUGUGGAGGGAAUCUGACUGGGCUCCAGGGCACAUUCUCUACUCCCAACUACCCACAGCAGUACCCUCACCAACAGCUUUGUGCCUGGCACAUCUCAGUGCCUACCGGUCAGGGCAUAGAACUACAGUUCCACAACUUCAGCCUGGAAGCACAGGACGAAUGCAAGUUUGACUACGUGGAGGUUUAUGAGGCCAGCAGCUCGGGGGCCCUCAGCCUCCUGGGCAGGUUCUGUGGAGCAGAACCACCGCCCGACGUCAUCUCCUCACAUCACCAGCUGACUGUGCUCUUUAGGACCGAUCAUGGCAUCAGCAGCAGAGGCUUCUCAGCCACCUACCAGGCCUUCAAUGCCACACAGAACCCUUGUGUGCCCAGGGAGUUCUGCCAGGAUGGAGGAUGUAAGGAUCUGCAGUGGGUUUGUGAUUUGUGGAGAAACUGCACAGGUGAUGACAAUAAUUGCAGCAACCCCUUGAUCCCGCCCCCAGAGCUGUCCUGCGAACCUAUCCAGGUAGAGAUGUGCCUUGGACUGAGCUACAACACCACGGCCUUCCCUAACAUCUGGGUGGGCAUGGCCACCCAGGGGGAGGUGGUAGAUGUCCUCAGAGGCUACAAGAGUCUAACAAGUCUACCUUGCUACCAGAACUUCCGGAGGCUUCUGUGCGGGCUACUUGUGCCACACUGUACCUCACUGGGCAGCAUCCUGCCCCCUUGCCGCUCCGUCUGCCAGGAGGCAGAGCGCCAGUGCCAAUCUGGCCUGGCACUACUGGGAACCCCCUGGCCCUUCAAUUGCAACAGGCUGCCUGAAGCAGCCGGCCUGGAAGCUUGUGCCCAGCCCUGACCUGAAGCCAGUCCUUACCCUCUGCCCAGUCUCCUCUGCUUGUAUAGAAAGCAUGUGGAAAAUCAAGGGAGGGGUAACCUGUGCACUGGCCUCUACCCAUCCUUUCUGUGGCCUCCUAGAGAGAAGUCCUUAAUCCCUGGCUAAAGGAAGUUCCCAUCUUCCUGUCCCUUUAUUUGCCAAAUGGGCCCCAGGCCACAGUCCUGGCUUCCCACUAUGCCAUUGGACAGUGGAAUGUGCUUCCCCAUCCAAGUCUCUGACCCUUAUUUCUACCUUCUGCUUUUUAAAGUUCACUGUCACCUGCCCGGCAGCUUUUUCAUUUAGUCCACAAAACUGUACUGAGUGCCUAAUGAUGUGGCAGCCCCUCCUCUAAACCUGGGGAUCCCGUUGACUCUGCUUUGGGAACUCUCACCCUCUCCCCACCCCCUCCGCCGGCUCUCUGCUGGUCCAGUUCUCUCCUAACCCCCAUCACACUGGCUUUAACCUCGGUCUAGAUCACUGCCUCAUCCCUCCCCAUCCCG